CUCCCCUUUUUUUCUCAACAAAUUCUUCUUCUUCUUUAACCUUUUUCUCCAAACUUUCUCCCGAAUUUCCCCGCCGCACGUGUUCCAACCACCCCAGUCGUCGAUCGGUCCUCAGAGAAAUGGUGAAACCCAGCAACAAUCUGCUCGGGAUCCUCAACGUGAUCUCCCUCCUGAUCUCGAUCCCGAUCAUCGCCGGCGGCGUCUGGCUCUCCAGGCAGUCCAACACCGACUGCGAGCGCUACUUCGAGAAGCCGGUGAUAGCCGUCGGAGUCAUCCUCCUGCUCUUCUCACUCGCCGGCGUCAUCGGCGCGUGCUGCCGAGUCUCCUGGCUUCUCUGGAUCUACCUCGCCGGUGUCUUCGUCCUCAUCGUCGUCCUCUUCGGAUUCACCAUCUUCGCCUUCGUGGUCACCAACAAGGGCGCCGGCGAGGCGAUUUCCGGCAGAGGAUAUAAGGAGUACAGGUUCGGAGAUUACUCCCACUGGCUGCAGAAGAAGGUCGAUCACAACUGGGGAAGGAUCCGUAGCUGUCUCGAGGACAGUAAGAUCUGUCAGAAACUGAUCGAUGAUGCCAAUAAUAAUAAUAAUAAGAUUGUUGCUGAUAUCUUCUACAAACAACACCUCUCUGCUCUUCAGGUCUGUUUCUUUUAUGCCCCUUUGAGAAUUGAGAUGUGAUCUGUGAGUAUUCAAACUUUGAAGAACGAAUCUGUUUAUCCUCAUCUAAUUUUGUCAAAAAAUGUGAUGUUUAUUUAUACCUUCUGCAUUCAAGCUAGAACACUUAAACAUUGUUAUUUCCUCUAUUACAAAUUAUUUGUAACAUUUGGUUUGAACUCGUGACUUCUUGGUUAAUAAACUAUAGUUACCGUG